AUGGAGGCCAAAUCGAAAGAGGACCCAAUGAAUGAGUGGAAUCUCUAUGAGAACACAUUCUUCGUCACCAUUUGGUUGUUAUCAGAGUUGGCGCUCAUCUACUUCUUCACCACAAUUCUCAUAUUCUCCGGUCUUUACGCCUAUUCUUGGAAGUUGGCGCUCAUCUACUUCUUCACCACAAUUCUCAUAUUCUCCGGUCUUUACGCCUAUUCUUGGAGUAUACAAGCGAUCGGACUCUUGGCUAUAAUGCACUUGAUAGCAAUACCCGCCGCAUAUUUCGGCAUCCGUUACGACAAACGACUACUCGUUUUGUUAAGUAUACUGUUGUCAUCCAUUUGGCUCAUACUUAUAAUCGUAUAUGUGAUCCUCUUUAUCACCAGUAGUGGAGUGAAAACUGAGUUCAACAACAGAUCUCUGCAUCACUUGGUUUUGACGGCUUAUUCAAUGAUAAACUUGGCGUUCAUUGUGUUGUUGUCCAUCAAUAUCAUCAAUGAGACCAAAGCUGAUGCCACUAAACAGAGCCCUCGAGCGGCACAACAACCACCGCCCGGUGCGCCCGCCUCUCCCCCAGCGGUCAUCAUUAAACCAAAGCCAGUGACAGUUCCCACACAACCCAAGAAGUAAUAAUUAUAAGUUUGAUUACAAAAUCGCAC